AUGCUCAAGUUUAUGGUGGCUUCCUCCGUGCUGGCUGGAGCUGGAUUGCUCCUCCACGCGUCGCCGCCACCCAAAUCACCAUAUAGCUCAAGCACAGGUGGAGCGCCUUUAUCUUGUUCUUCUUCGUUUUCCAGGCGUCGCUACUACCGACCAUUCUUUGCAAGGCCUGCUUUUGCCGAGGAGCUCAAGUCUUCCUCGUCUUACCCAAGAUCGGCUACUGGAGUCAGGGAAAAGAAGAUUGCCUUUGUUGCUGUGAAAGCCUAUGCAGUGGGAUUUUAUGCGAACAAGGAACAGCUCCCAAACGACUGGGACAAGAACUUUUUGGUCGAAGGAGCAUUUGAGAAGGGCCUGGUGGUCAAGCUUGCGCGUGACGUCAGUGGUGCACUUUUCUCGUCAGCCUUGAAUGACGAACUCAAGCCUCGGCUAAAAUCAUCACCCGAGGGCGAGAAAAUCCUUUCCGAAUUUGGGAAGCUCUUCCAGAACCGGAAGCUGAAAAAAGAUGGCGAAACUCCUGCGACUCCAAACUCGACGUUUGUCUCUGGAUUCUUUGCAUCAAGACUCUUCGAUGUUUACUUGGGAGAGAAAUCAGUCUCACCGUCACUCAAGGCUUCCAUAGCUGAUCAUCUUCAUGAUGUGAUCCCUAAGUUUGAGACUAACGGUCUUUUGGAUACUGGAUUCACUAGAGCUCGAGAAAGAGUCCUCUUCAACAACAUUAGUGGAGUAGCUGUUGAGACUUUCGAGAGAUAUAAAGAGCUCUUGACACUGUAG